AUGAAGGUCGUCAUAGUUCUCGCGGCAAGCAUAGCAUUGUGUGCUGGCAAUGAAGUCCUGUCGGUUCCUGGUGAUAACAGCCACUACAUAGAGGGUGAGAGCCGCUUCAUCUGGAUGCCGGAUGGGGACGGCGUACCUCUCUUGGUUGACCUUGAAGAGUCAUUUGAUGAGGAAUUGUUGAACACACGUUACGGUGCCAAUAAUGAGUAUUGGCUUUAUACCAGAAAGAACCCGAACAUUUCUCAACUCAUUGUAAAAGGUAAUGCAAACUCUGCUUGGAACUCCAAUUAUGCUAGUGGCAGACCUUUAAAAGUCCUUGUCCAUGGAUGGCAAAAUAAUGGAAACUCUUCUAUGAAUACUCUUAUCAAAUCUGCUUUUCUUGAAGAGCAAGACGCGAAUGUCAUUGUGGUAGAUUGGCAUGCUUUCGCUAGUUCAAACUAUUUGACUGCCGCUGAAGGAGUGCCUGAAAUUGGAGAGUAUCUUGGAAAUUUUCUCAUCUGGCUUAUAAAUACUGCCGGCGGAAAUUGGGAUAAUGUACAUCUGGUAGGAUUCAGCUUGGGUGCUCACGUUGUGGGUAAUGCAGGCCGACAGGUUGACGGACGGGCGGCUCGUGUAACUGGUUUAGAUCCAGCCGGUCCUAAAUGGCAUGGAAAUAGCAAAGCGUUGAACAAACAAUCUGGACAAUAUGUUGAAGCCAUUCAUACUGAUGGAGGCGUUUUUGGUAUAUUGGAACCUAUAGCACACGCUGAUUUUUAUCCCAACGGUGGAAAGAAUCCCCAGCCUGGCUGCUGUCUGAUGUCUACUUGCUCUCAUAGUCGCGCAUAUGAACUGUUUGCGUCUAGUGUGCUUAAUAAUUCUUUUAAAGGUAGAGGAUGCAAGGACCUCGACCAGGCAAAGAGUGUGAAGUGUAACGGUAGUAUUUUCAGCAUGGGAAAUGGUAUCAUCUCUAAGAGAGGAUUCGGCAUCUUUGGACUCAAAACUGGUUCGUCAUAUCCGUUUUUCUUCUUUUAUUUU